AUGGAGAUAAUAAAUAAUCUUCAACUGGAAUUCAGUAAUCUUGAAAAGCCACCACCAACCACGAAAGGAUUUCAGCCAGUUGGGGAUCUAAAGAAUUCUUACGUCUAUUCAGCAUAUUAUGAUAACAGAAGUACCCAUGAUAUUAUUCAGAUAACCAUAAUGCUUACUCAUAGCCAUUCUAACGAGGACUUUACAUGUAUCUAUUGGAAUGAACAUAAUGAGCCCAUUAAGUUAGCUACCAGUAUACAAUUGAACUCUGAUUGGUUUGUACCAAUAUACAACUCAGGAUUUGUGAAAUGUAGCUUGCAAGGUGUAAAGGAACGAGUAACAGAAAUUUCCCUGAUACCUAACAAAUUUAGAAUCCCCCACUUAUCAUACCCGCAAAAUAUACUUCAUAUAAAAUACCCCGAUUCUUAUAAAAGAAACUUCACACGUUGUGUACCACCUAUGUUUGGUGUAAAAGACAGAUUAGCUUUGGUCCAGAUGAUUGAAACGGACUUGUUAUUGGGCACAGAACAUUUCGUGAUGUAUAACUUAAGAGACAAUGGCGUGAUGGAUAUUAUUCAACAUUACCAAGAGAUGGGUGUCAUGGAAGUUCUAACGUGGGACUUACCCAUACCCUCAACUUCUGACGGAGAAGUGCAUUACCAUGCCCAGUAUCUACAUAUACAUGACUGUAUACUCAGGAACUUAUAUGUUUCUCGUUAUGUGUUUUUAGCUGACAUCGACGAAGUCGUUGUUCCAAAAGAAUUUAACAGGUGGCAAGAUAUCGUUGAUAACAUUUCUAUGCCAUCGAGUUCGUGUGGUUCACUUGGAUUCCAAAGUGCCUUUGUACUUUCCCAAGAAACUCCAGACAAACACUCAUAUCCUUUAAAGGAAAAGGCAGAAAAAUACAACUUAACAUAUUUUACAUGGACUAAACGUUCACAAUUUUAUCCAUUUGGAGAUCGAUCAAAAGUGAUGGUAGAUCCACGUAGGGUUUGGAUUACUAGAGUACAUUUUGUACAUGAAUUUAUCCAGUCAUACAAAGAUUGUUAUGUGGAUACUCAAAUAGCAUUUAUUCAUCAUUAUAGAUUACACAAAACUCCAAUAGCAGCCGACAAUUAUGAUAUACACAGAUGGAGUAUAGCAUUGAUAAAAAAUAUAGUUUUAGUUCUAAACAAAACUUCAAAUAGAAUAAUACUGGGCUGA